AUGACAUUGUUCGCCGCAGGUUACAACGGUACCAUUGUGCCCUUUUCUGUCGACGCUCGUGCCAAUACCUUGGCCCCCAUCUCGCAAGGCGUGCAGGCGAACGCUUCGGGAACAUCGCCUUCUUGGAUCGCGUACGCUGAACAUGGCUCGGAUUUCUACUCGGUCGACGAAACUGUUCCAGGACGGAUCUUCUCGCACUCCUACGACAAACAUACGGGCAAGAUUGUACAGACUGGCAACAAGCAGCAGCGUGAAAAUGGUACGACCAGUGGUGGCGAUGGCCCUGUCAGCUGCUUGAUCGGCAAGGGGCCGAGUCGAGGAUUGCUGUUUGUGGCUAACUACAACUCGGGCUCUGUGGCUGUGAUCAGCAUCAAGGAUGACGGAACGCUGGAGGACAAGCCCAGAUAUAUUUUCCAGUUUACGAGGCCAAAAGGUCAGCCUAAGGUAGGACCGGUGGCGGAUCGACAGGACCAUUCGUACGCUCAUCAGGUGAGCAUGAGUCCGUGCGGAAAGUGGGUAUAUGUGUGCGAUCUGGGUGCGGAUCAGAUCCACCACCUUCGCAUCCACGAAGGAAACGUUGAGUUCGUCAAUAGCACCAAUGUCGACGUUGGCUCUGGUCCUAGGCAUAUCACCUUGUACCGCGACGCUCAGGGCAAAACGUGGGGUUACCUCGCUAGCGAACUCGACAACACUGUCAGCGCAUUUACCGUCAACACACACUCGGGCGAGCUCAAAUUGAUCGGUAAGCGUCUCCUCGCUUCACCGCCCGGUGUGCCUUUGAGCGGCCAGGGGAUCCUACCGACCAACCGUACAACCGCGGAAAUCGCCGUGGUACCAGCCGGAGACUACGUCUACGUCUCGAACCGCGGUGACACGGAGCAAGACCACAUCAGCAUCUUCCAACGCGACCGCAGCACCGGAGAGCUCCACUUCCAGGAAUGGGUGCAGAGCGGCGGAAGAAUGCCCAGACAUUUCAGCCUCAGUUCCAACACGGGUAAAGACGACCAGGCAAAGUGGCUGGUCGUAGGCCACCAGACGGAUCAGAACAUCGUGCUCUUCGAAAGAGAUGGCGAGAGUGGCAAGUUGAACAAGGUGGCGGAGAGCACGGAUGUGGGGCAGGUUGCAUUUACCGGAUUCUCGCCGUUUUGA